AUGCUACCUCAGAAGAGUCCCAUACAACCACAGAAACGAAGGGCCCCGUUUCUUAAGAAUCUACCCCCAGCUGCUCAGGCCUGUCAGGUUGAUCACCAAAGCCACCAAAGCGCCCACAUUGAUAAUGAGCUCUUAAGCCUUGAAUUAAGCUGCUCGUUUUUAAAAGCGGCCCGGAGUAACGUCGAAAAUAAACGCUAUCGAAACUUUGUUCCCCACAGAGCGAAGGAAGCCCUCGAUCGCAAAAUCGAUCGUUGA